AUGGCUGCUAAUGGGUACCCACGGAGCCGGCGGCUGCUGGGCGACCGCUGCUGCUGGGGUGGCAUUGAUUUUAAAGUAAAGCCAGUAACGUUUAAUGAUACAAGAGUGAAACUUCAAAUAUGGGAUACUGCUGGCCAGGAACGAUUCCAUACACUUAGUACUAGCUAUUUUCGUGGCGCACAAGGCUUUGUUCUUGUAUAUGACAUCACAAAUCUGGACAGUUUUCAAAGUAUAACAAGUUGGAUGAAAGACAUACAUGAGAAAGCAGGUGAUGAAGUGGACGUAAUACUGUUGGGCAACAAGUGUGAUAAGGAGUCAGAACGUGUAGUUCCAAAACAGAAAGGAGAAAAGCUUGCUUGGGAACAUGGAAUACCCUUUUUUGAAACCAGUGCUAAAGAUAAUGUGAACAUUGAGCAUGCAUUCUCAGUCUUGACUAAGGAAAUACUGGAAAAGGCUAGUGCUUCAAGUCCUGAUGAAUCCCAGUCUGACCUGAUCUGCUUUGCCUUGUACGCUGCACCCAAUAACCUCGUCAAACCAGAACGAGUUAAAACCAUGCUUUUGCUUUCCAUAUUUCGACAAUAA